AUGCCACCCUUUUCAGGAGAUACUGUGGAGCUUUAUAACAACACCUCCUAUUCGCGACGAGGAGAUGUAGAUGACAAUGAUGGUGACGAUGAUUCCCCACCACCAUCUCAAACUAGUGUUUCACAGACAAUUUAUAGAACCGUUCGACGAUCCUUGUUUUUCAAUUCUGCCGACUUUGAACCUUGUCCUGGAGUCCAACCAGUAAUUAUUGAUGCUGAAGAGAGUAUUCAUAGAGCAGUAGUCAAGAAGCAAGUGACCUUUAACCUGGACAACAAUGAACGUCAUGAAGUAUUGCACGCCAAAGACUAUUCGGAAUCGGAACGUAGUCUAACUUGGUUUUCUAUGGAGGAACUCAAACAAAUAAAGUCGGACUCUCGAUUAAUCGUCCAAGCCUGGCAUUGUGCUGGUGGAGAGUCGGGGUACUGCAUGCGUGGUCUGGAAGGCAAAAAGAGUGAAGCCUAUAGACUCAAGCGAAAGCGAAACAAGGCCGAUAUUCGUUUUGCGGUCAUGACGGAACAAGCGAAACAAAAGUUUGCAACCGGGGGAAAGAUACUAGACCAUAUGCGUCUUGCCAUGGUAUCCAUGGACUGCUCGGAACUCAGUCGGAUGGAAGCCCAACGAGUGGGAGUGGCAGACGAACAAGCUGCCGUAUGUGAUGGUAGUAUCAGCAUGUACAAGUGUAGCAAACAAGAAGCAGAGGCAAACGCAGAGCUCAGGGGUUAUGACUGUACCGGCUUGUUCUUGUUGGCACAGUCAGCUUACGCUUACUAG